AUGUCGCAGAGCAUCUCCUCUUGGGCUCCUGGUCGCUCACGCGAUGAGCCGGUGAGCUUCGCACAGUUGCUUGACCAAGUGGCAUCCAGGCAUGAGACUGAAAUUGCAGAGCUUUCCAGCCAGUGCUCUGCGCUGGAGAUGGAAGUCCAAAGGCUGUCUUCUCAGGCUCACCCGUCUCACUCGGCGCUGUCAGAACCCUGUUCGGCGCCGGCCGCGCAAGAGCUUGAGAUCUUCAGUGAGAAGGAAGAGGAGAAGGAGGCGGUUGCUCCGAGCCCAACGAAGUUGAUCAACUUCUCAGCGUUGUGGGGGCAUGUUGAAUCCAUGAAGCCUGAUCUGCGCAGGCAGACAAGCAGUGGCCUGGGCCUGAAGCGUGUCUGGCAGGAAGGUGCACCUCGAACGAAUCUGCUGUCCCAUGCGAGCGGAGCCAUUGGGGAUCACGUGAACAACCGCUGUGUUGCCUGGAUUCUUGAAAUUGUGGAGUGGUGGCACAGCGUGCAGGAGCCGGAGCGGUCAGGAUGUCUGUACCAAAUUCAAGCAUCACGACUUGUCAGAGAUCUUUCCACCUUAGUGAUACUCGCAAAUGCCGUUUCCAUCACGCUUCUCACCGAUUGGAUCUUGAAACAUCCGCAAGAAGGGAUCCCUGAUACUUUCCAGUAUGCUGACCUUGCUUUCGUCGCUUUCUUCGUUCUGGAGAUUGGAUUGCGCUUGUGCGUGCACCGCUUGUAUUUUUUCAUCAAUGACAAUGCCAUGUGGAACAUUAUGGACUUUGCUUUGGUCGUGUUCAGCCUCCUGGAAAUAUCGCUGAGUUGGUCUGCGGGCAAGAACGGCAAUGGUACAAUUAUGUACUUGCGCGUUUUCCGAUUGUUCAAGUUUGCACCGAUUCUUCGAAGCCUUAGGGUCAUCACGGCCUUUCGAGAAUUGGCAAUGAUGAUGGAGAGCUUUCGCUCGUGCAUCGCGGCAAUGUUUUGGAGCCUGGUGCUCCUUCUCUUCCUCGUUUACAUGAGUGCUCUUCUAUUUGCACAAGGCGUGACAGAUGCUUUGACAGAUGAAAGCAUAGCAGCGGACGAGCAGCAGGAGGUCAGGAACCAUUUCGGUUCCGUCGUCCAGACCAUGCUUUCACUGUACAUGGCAGUCACUGGCGGGAACGAUUGGUCUUUGUAUUACCAUCUCCUUCAGCAUACGGGAAUCUACCAGUAUCUGUUUUUGGGCUACACGUUCUUCUUCGCUUUUGCGAUUUACAACAUAUUGACCGGGAUUUUUGUGGAGCGAGCAGUGGCUGCAAACAUGCCGGACCGAGAGCAGCAGAUCAUGCAGGAACGCAGGAAGCUCCUAGAGCAGGCUGAUGAGCUACGCUACCUCUUUUCAUGCCUGGACCUUGAUGCAUCGGGCCUCAUCUCUGUCGACGAGUUUCUCAAGUGCAUGAAGAACCCGCGGAUUGUGGCAUACAUGUCCAGUGUGGGGGUGAGCGUCCACGAUGUGGAAUACCUGUUCAGAAUUGUCGCCAACGAAAACGACGAGGUGGAAAUUGAUCGUUUUGUGGAUGGGUGCAUGGCCAUCAAGGGCUCUGCCACAGCGCUCGACAUGCAGAAGCAAAUUUACCACAUACAGCAGCUGUCUCAGAAGUUGAAGAGCUGGGAAGAAAUGUAUUGGCCCGUUCUCAUGCAUGCCCUGCCAUCGUCUACGCCUGCACAUGACGACCUUCGAAUGAGCUUGUGA